AUGGUGGACCCGCAGCUGGCUCUUCGUGGCUCUGGGGUGUGCGUGCAGGGUCGCGGGCUGCAGCGACGCCCGCCGGGACAGCGGGGCUGUGGUGCCUGGAGGUGCUUCGGCCUGAGCCAGCCGAGGCUCUUCCCUUCAUUCCUGUGCCUGGGGGGCCAGGUGGCUCACUCCACGCCCAAACCUGGGCACGGCGUGCUGGGCCUGGGAGCUGGGGCUCAGGGAAUGAGCCAGCAGGACAGUAACACUGUGGACAGACACGUGGAUCUGCUGCAAGUGGCCAAAGAGACGGACGGCUUCUCGGGCAGCGACCUGAAGGAGAUGUGCCGGGACGCGGCGCUGCUCUGUGUCAGGGAGUACGUCAACGCCGCCUGCGGAGAGGAGGCCCAUGACGAGGAUGAAAUUCGGCCUGUGCAGCAGCAGGAUCUCCACAGGGCGAUUGAGAAGAUGAGAAGAUCGAAGGACGCCACGCUGCAGAACGUUUUGAUGCACGUUAGUUUGGAUUAA